UUUGAAAAUAUUUUUGCUCAAAGUAAAACAAAACAACAACAAAAAUCUCAAAUCGGGUACGGUAGCUAUCUAAUUCCACCUUCCAAACGUUGUGAUCCUCGACGUAGGGGGCAGUCUUUCACCGCUCUGUCCCUAAUGUCUACUCCGGUUGCUUCCGUGCGCAAUGACUUUCAACGUGCUCAAGCCAAAGAGGCGCACAUUGGUCGGGAAACCUGGGUGGGUAGCUAACGAUGAGCUAGCUAGUCCACGCAGAAAUUCGAAUUGAGGACUGGGAAGUGUCAAAUUCUCUGAACCCUGCCGGUUAGCUUGAUUUCGAUAUACGACUAUGAAAUAACGUUGACUUUUGGCAACACAAGUGCAUCGAUAUUGGAGUGAGCAGUAAUGAGGCAGGAGGAUUGAAGGAAGAAGCAGGUGUCCUUGUGGUGCAUUGGGAGACAGCAGUCAGGAGGAGGACAGGAUGCUGGAGGUAGAGGAGUCAGGCCCAACGGGGGCUGAGGGAGAUGAGGAGAUGGAGCUGUGUGGCGGUGACCUGAGAGUGGAGGUGAUGAGGCUGAAUUUGGAGCUCCAGGAGGCCAACGAGGAGAAACUGCAGGCGGCCCGGUAUGGCCUGGUGGUGCUAGAGGAGAGCGCCGAACUGAAGAAGAAGCACAGCCAGCUGGAAGAGGAGCACGAGACUCUCAAACAUGAGCUGCAGCAGCUAAAAGAGGCUCUGUCAGACUCUGUGACCUGCCACAAACGUGCAACAGCAGAUGGGGAGACCCGGGAGGAGUGCCUGUUGGAGGAGACUGCCAGCAAGGAGGCUGCCAUGGCAACCAGCAUGGCUGAGUUGCAGGCCGAGUUACGGCAGGCGCGCCUCGCUCUGGGCAACGCUCACGCUGAGAUAGACCGACAGGCCGGCCUCUCCUCCCAGCUGAAGAAGGAGUGUGAGUGUUCAGAGCUGGAGAAGGGCCACAUGAGGAAUGAGAUGAAGGAGUAUAAGGUGCGGGAGCUCCGUCAGCUCCAGGACAACAGUGAGCUGGAGGAGGAGAACACCUGUCUGCAGAAACAGGUGUCUGUACUCAAGGAGAACCAGGUGGAGUUCGAGGCGGUGAAGCUGGAGCUCACCCACAAGGAGGAGCAAGACGACGUUCUCCGGGCCCAGCUGGAGGAGGCGGCGCAGCUAAGGGAGAUCGCCGAGCGUCAGCUGGACGAGGCCCUGGAGGCCCUCAAGGAGGAGCGGGAGCAGAAGAACACCCUGAGGAGGGAGCUCUCGGCCCUAGCCCUCAACCCCUUCGACUCGGUCACACACCUGGAGAUGCAGCUGGAUGACAGUGGGGACAGCGGAGGGGACCGGGAGCAAGAAAAGGAUAGCGGUUGCAACGACGGCCCGGGGUCUGGUUGCGCUCCUCCUAACCCCAAGGCUAAUGGGCACAUCCAGCGCUUCUCCACCCCCAGGAACAGUGACGUGUUCCUGAGGCCUGCCCCUGGCCUGGUGUCUGACCUGCUCAGCGAGUUGCACCUCUCUGACGGACAGAAACUCAAACAGCAACUCAUGCAGGCUGAGAGGGAUAAGACUGGUCUGGCUAACACGGUCCAGGACCUCCAGAGGCAGUUGGAGCUGUCCCAGCAGGCCUUCAGUGAGCAGGAAGACAAGGUGGGCUCCCUGACCCAGCAGCUGGAGGCCGUGCAGCUGCAGAAACACAUCCUGCCCCAGGGGAAGGCAGCGGGCGACCAGGGGGCCGGGAGCACCAGGACCCUGGAGAACAGGUUGGCUGACUACGACUAUGAGCUGGACUUGAAGAGCACAGAGGUGCUGGAGGCCCGGAUGAAGGCGGCCGGCGAGGAGCUGCUGAAGCUGCGUGAGGAGCUGUCCCAGGCAGGGAAACGUUACUCGGCCCUGGAGCAGCGCUGCCGGCAGGAGAAGGAGCGGUGGAGGGGAGAGGCCCAUGAGCUGGCUGAGAAGAUCCGCCAGUGCAUCAAGUCCAGCCGGCAGGACCAGGAGCGCAUCAGCGAGCUGGAGAAGGAGAUCGGCGUGACGAGGAAAGUGGCUACUGAUUCUGAGGGUCAUCUCAGCGUGGCACAGGAGGAGCUGCUGGCCUUCUCUGAGGAGCUGGCCAACCUCUACCACCACAUCUGUGUGUGCAACAACCUCACGCCCAAACGCGUCACCCUGGACUACUACCGCGACGGGGCCAGGGGCCAGUCAGGGGGGAGUGGAGGGAAGUCCAACCACCUGCACCCCCAUCCCCAUCACGGCCGUAACAAGCGACGCUCCAAUGAGUUGUUUGCGAAGGCAGUGCACGGAGGGGAUGGAGACAGCAGGCCUGGUACUCCCCAGGAUUCUCGUGACAACUCCCCCACGCCACGCUGCUCCUCCCCCGCCCCAGUCUGCCCCAGUUCCCCCACCAUGGACUUCAGGGACCCCUCCAACGUCCGCAACCUGGUGGCUGUCAUCCGCUGCCAGAUCAAACACCUCCAGGUGGCGGUGGAUUUGUGUCGCCAGAGGGGCACGCUGCCCUAUUCGGGAGGGAUCAGCUGCGGAGGGGAGCUGGAAAGCGAGGCCCUCAUGGAGGAGGUGCUGAAGCUCAAGUCUCUACUCAGCACCAAGAGAGAGCAGAUCGCCACUCUGAGGACGGUCCUCAAAGCCAACAAACAGACGGCAGAGUUGGCUCUGAGCAACCUGAAGACCAAGUACGAGACGGAGAAGAGCAUGGUGUCUGAGACCAUGGUGAAGCUGAGGAACGAGCUUAAGGCCCUGAAGGAGGACGCUGCCACCUUCUCUUCACUGAGGGUCAUGUUCACCAGCAGGUGUGACCAGUAUGUCACCCAGCUGGACGAGAUGCAGAGGCAGCUAGCGGUGGCAGAGGAUGAGAAGAAGACCCUGAACUCCCUGCUCCGCAUGGCCAUCCAGCAGAAGCUGGCCCUGACCCAGCGUCUGGAGGACCUGGAGGCCCCUCUGUCCCCCCACGGCCUCGGCAGCAGCCCCCGCCGCACCAGGGCUAAGGAGCUAGGCACCAAGACGGGCCGGAGCCCCCGCCGCAACAGCCCCCGCUCCAGCCCGGUCCUCACCAACAACGUGCCCAGCACCGCCACCCAUCACCUCCGAGCCCUCACCCGCAGCAUCCACACCAGCCCUCGGUGAAACCAGUCAGCCAUCAUGAUCACCCCAAUCCCCUGUAUUCUCCAUGUCGACCUCCUGAUGUCAUCAUUCCUCCCAAGACAUCCUCUUCAUCCCAGACCCAGUGGACUGGCUGCUCCGAACACAUCUCCCCACCUUCUGUAUCGACCAAAGAUGCCUACCUGCAUGCAACCAGUAAAGGACUGUAAAAGAAGCAAAAAAGCUCAUUUUAUUUUCAUGAAGUAAAGGACUGUUUUCCUGACCGGCACAGUAUUAUCUACCCUUUAUUUUUCCUGCUGUUGAUGUGUAUUUAUGCAAGGUUCUAUAUUCCACUUUGACGCUGCUGCAUGUCUUUUUAACACUAGUGAAGACUUUUAGCCUGGCAACAUGACAGGGAACGGUCUUCUCCCAGUGGUGUCAGACCGCAUCCCCCUUAGACAACUGCUCCUGACCACUAUCCCUACAUUAGUGCACUACUUUUGACCAGGGCUCAUAGGGAUUUGGUCGAAAGUAGGGCAGUAGGUAGGGAAUGGUGUGCCAUUUCGGACGUGCCCCAUAUCAACACAGGGUUCAUGGGCAUUCACCCCCCCCUGUAGAAAUGGCUGCCUUACUAACCAUAUUGAAAUACUAAAAGCACAGGGAAGAGUCUUGUCUUGAUGUUUAUUUAUUCCUCUAGCUCUUUGCAUUUCCUACUGGCGAUAACUGUUAAAUCCUUGUCUUUCUUUGACGUACCUCACUGUUCGGCUUCGGCCUACCAGCCACGCCCUUCAGUCAGGAGAUCAAUAUCGCUGAUUUGAAAUUACAAAGCCAUAGUCUCAGGACUCAAGGUUAAUAUCACAGUUGAAUUAACUAGCUCAGAAAAAGAUUUGGGCGAUAUGUGAUUGGCAUGCUUCAUUCCAAACUGUGCACAUGGUUCCGCAUAGCCUGUGUGAUAUCACUGCUGUUCUGAGACUGAAGACCCUGCAGACAUCUGUUCUUCAGGACCUCGUGAGGGCUGGGGCCUCUGAGCCUGAUGGUUCCAUAGAAAUGUCAUUAUUACUACAGGCAUCUAUUAAUUCUAAUUGUAUUGGAAGGUUCUUCUCUCUCCUGGCAGCAGAGCUGCCGUUGUCUUGGGUCUUCUUCUACAGGGGCCCUGCAGGAACCACACUGCCAGCCUUAGUACAGAGCCAAUGGGAUGACAGGAUCUGAGCAGCAGACCCACAUAUGAUCAUAUCUAGUAGCCUAACCUAAAUGUUUUUUGGAGAUGGCCUUUCUUUUUUAUUUAAAUAUUCUAAAAAAUGGCUGAGGUCAACUCUGUACAAUUGGUUUCCGUCCUGUGUUUAGUGAAGGUCAAUACAUGAUGCUAAUUGGUGGUUCUAAUUUUUGAAAUAGUGCCUUGGUUUUUUCCUCCGCUGCCUCCAGUCAGUAGAUUUUAGACGAAGCCUUUUUAAAGAUGAACAGUAUUAUUCAACACUGUUGAACUGAUGAUGUGUGUAGUGUAUUUUAUUUGUAUGAUUAUGGAGCUGUUCUUUGUUUGCUUUUGAGGAAACCUAAUAGGCUCUUUUUUUGGUGCAUCGUUGAGUAGUAUGAGUUUGUACAUUUUUCUGCUCUUUGAGCCCUCAUUUUCUCACUCUUUCACCAAUGUGUUUGUACAUGUCUUGUAAAUGUAGCUGAUCAUCAUACAACAUCAGUAUGUAUUAUGUGGACAAUGUGUCUCAUCUGUAAAUGGAUUUUGUGUCGAUAGAACCCAAAUGUGUGUUCAUCAAUUUCUGUGUAUGUAAAGUAAGUUAAUUUUAUUGACCUCUGUGCACCACUUAUUGUGUGCUGGAGAAUAAAGGAAGGCCACUGUCUGUCUCUGUAA